GCGCGGUCGCGCGCGCAAUGGGACGGGCUCGAGCGAUGGCGCGAAAAAGCGCUCGACGCGCGACGCGCGUGGGGCGACGGCGACGAACCGACGACGACGGCGGACGCGCGCGCGCGCGACGACGGGGGCGACGCGCGCGCGCUCGCGAGCCGCGCGCGCGAGAUCGUCGCGACGGCGUGCCCGAGAGAGAAGGCGCGACUGAGCCAUGUGGCGUAUGGGUUAUUAGUGAGAGGGAAGAUUGACAUCGCGGACGCGACGACGCGCGCGAGCGACAUGCCGACGCGACCGGCGCGACCGGCGAAACCGAGACUGGUGCCGCCGAAAGAGGUGCCGUCGCCGAAAAAUUCGCCGCUGGGGGCGGCGGCGCACGCGAUGCACACGGUGACGCACAUCGAGCUGAACGCGAUCGAUUUGGCGUGGGACACGGUGGGACGGUUCGCGGAUUUGCGAGGCGCGCUGCCGGAUCAGUUCUUCGUGGACUUCGCGCACGUCGCGGACGACGAGUCGAGGCACUUGCUGUGGUGCCUGCAGCGGCUGGAGGAGCUCGGGGUGGCGUACGGGGACGUGGCGGCGCACGACGUGCUGUGGGAGGGGUGCGAGGCGACGCGCGACGACCCGCUGGCGCGGCUCGCGGUGGUGCCGUGCAUGCAGGAGGCGCGCGGGUUGGACGCCGGUCCGCGCCUCGUGGAGCGGUUGGUCGGGCACGGCGACGCGCGCAGCGCGGCGAUCGUCGCGAGGAUCAGCGAGGAGGAAAUUGCACACGUCGCCGUCGGCGCGACGUGGUUUCGCACCGUGUGCGCCGCGCUCGGCGACGACGACGACGACGCGCGCGCGGACGACGUCGCCGCCGCGACGUUCCGCGCGUACAUUCAACGUCUCGCGCCGGACGCGCUGCGCGGUCCUUUCAAUCACGACGACCGCGCGCGCGCGGGCAUCGACCCGUCUUGGUACGCCGAC